AUGGCCAUUGUCCUCAAUCUCCGUUAUCUUCUUCUUCUUCUUCUUACUCUUUCUCCAACCUUCUUUCUCCACCCUCAGAAUCUCGCCAAUGCAGACGACGCAUUGAUCGAGCAACAAUGUCGACAAACUGACGCCCCGGAAACAUGCCUUCAGUGCAUAAAAUCCGACCCAGAAGCAACCAAGAAAGCCGACAAACCUGAAACUAUCGCCACCAUGCUCGUGGCUUGUCUAAGUGACGACGCAGAGAUCUUGAAAGGCAACAUGUCAACACUGGCUUCUUCUGUGUCAGAAGACAAGAAUUUUAAGGGCACUUGUGAGGAUUGCAGCAAGUGUUACCAUCAAGCGAAGACGAAGUUAACAUCGGCAAUGGAUGAACUGAAGAAAGGCGAUUAUGAUGAGGCUAAUCACAUCGUCGUCUCGGCUCUUAUUAACAGUCGAAUGGUUUCUUGUGGUUUGAAAAUUCAAAGCUAUAAAUCGAAAGUUCCUGAUGAUGUUCUUAAUAAGAUGAGGAUUUAUGCACAGCUCUCUGGUGUAGCUAUGAAUAUCAUUGAUCGACUCUCUCAUGAGAAAGAACCCUGA